AUGGACUUGCCUCGUUGGAUUGGACCUGGCCCGGAGGGAUGUCUCUUCGGGAAUCAUACCCAACCUCCAGUCAAGUCUGACGCACAGCUAACGCUUGAGAACAUUGUACAGGGAACAAGUCAAUCCUUGGAGCAGCCCUCCGCGAAUUCCGGUCAUGCUCCUGCCAAUAACGCCCAGGACGCUAAGCCUCGUCUGAUGUUGAUGGGCUUACGUCGGAGCGGCAAGUCAUCCAUCGCCAGUGUUGUCUUUCACAAAAUGCCACCCAAUGAGACCCUAUUCUUGGAGUCCACUACCCGUAUCCAGAAAGAUUCAAUCCACUCGUUCAUGGACUUUCAGGUUUGGGAUUUUCCGGGCCAGCUGGAAUACCUUGAGCCGUCCUUCGAUUUGGAGAAUAUCUUUGGAAGUCUGGGUGCACUUGUUUGGGUUAUUGAUGCUCAAGACGACUACCUAGAUUCAGUGGCGCGGCUCAACCGCACGAUCUUGACCGUCCAGCAAUUCUAUCCCAAUAUCAACAUCGAAGUCUUCAUCCACAAGGUGGAUGGUCUUUCGGAUGAAUAUCGCACCGACACGUUCCAGGACAUUGUCCAGCUCAUUUCGGACGAGCUCAGCGAUGCCGGGUAUGAGAACGCCCCAGUCCAUUACUACUUAACAUCUAUCUACGACUACUCUGUCUUUGAGGCCUUUAGCAAGGUCAUUCAGAAACUCAUCCCCAACCUGUCGACGCUGGAGAACUUGAUCAACACACUUGCCAACAACUGCGGUUUCGAGAAGACCUAUCUCUUCGACGUUCUGAGCAAGAUCUACAUUGCAUCCGACACUCGCCCUGUGGACAUGUCCUGCUAUGAGAUGUGUUCGGAUUACAUUGACGUUAUCGUGGACAUUUCGGAACUAUAUUCCUGGGACCACCCAGACCGCAAGCCCAAAGGAGAUCAGAACCAGGAAGCGGAAAGCCACGUUGUAUUGCAUGAUGAGACUAUGAUCCAUCUGCUGGAAAUGAACAAGUAUCUUUGUCUUGUCUCGGUUAUUCGAAACCCGGAGUCUAAGGAUAAGAAGGGUCUCAUCGACAUGAACUGCCGUACAUUCCAGGAAGCUCUUAAUGAUGUGUUUUCUCGCAGCUGGGAACAGGUUCAGGAGGGCAGGGUAACUGAGGAGUGA